AUGUCUCCUAAGCCAAUUUUGAUCACUGCCACUCUCUCUGUCGACAUGAGUGUAUUGGGCUUACACAGCAGUAAAAAACAGAAGACCACAUUGCCACAAAAGAGGAAGAGGACUAAUCCAGUUGUGAGCAAGGCUUCUCAGUUUGAAAAGCUCAUCACAACUACUCUUCCAAGUGGCAACCUCAGAGAAGCAGUAAAACUACCUCCUGGUGAAGACAAAAACGAGUGGUUAGCUAUCAACACUGUAGAUUUCUACAACCAAAUAACCAUUUUGUACGCUACUCUCGAAGAGUUCUGUACAACCACCACUUGCCCUAUCAUGAAUGCUGGAUCCAGAUAUGAGUAUAGAUGGGCUGAUGGAGUUACUAUAAAGAAGCCUAUUGCGGUUUCAGCUCCUGAAUACAUUGAAUAUCUCAUGAAUUGGAUUGAAUAUCAGAUCGAUGAUGAAACCAUCUUUCCGCAAAAAACUGGAGAGCCAUUCCCACCAAACUUUGAGGAUUACGUGAAGAAGAUUCUGAAAAGGUUGUUUCGGGUUUAUGCACACAUUUAUCAUUCUCAUUUUCAUAAGAUUGUGAGUCUCAAGGAAGAAGCUCAUCUUAACACUUGCUUCAAACAUUUUGUUCUCUUCAUAUCUGAGUACAAGUUGGUGGAUAAAGCACAGUUGGAUCCUCUUAAGGAUUUUGUGGAACAUGUUUUGCAACCAUAG